CUUCCCAGCCGCGAGGGUUCCCAGCUUUCCCCCGGUCCCAUCCAUCACCACCACCGCCAUGUCAAACCUAAACGAACCGUUUUAUUUGCGCUACUAUUCUGGCCACCAAGGCCGUUUUGGCCACGAGUUCCUGGAAUUCGACUUCCGUGUUGUCGGAGACGGCCGGAGCGCUACAGCCCGCUAUGCCAACAAUUCCAACUACAGAAAUGAUAGUCUGAUCCGGAAAGAGAUGUUUGUGAGCUCCCUUGUUGUCGAUGAGAUCAAGAGGAUCAUAAAAGAGAGCGAAAUCAUGAAGGAAGAUGAUGCAAAGUGGCCUACGAAGAAUAAGGACGGGAAGCAAGAGCUGGAGAUCCGACUCGGCAAUGAUCACAUCUCCUUUGAGACUGCAAAGAUCGGCUCAAUCAACGAUGUGACCGAGUCCGCAGACCCAGAAGGACUACGGGUUUUCUAUUACCUUGUGCAGGACCUGAAAGCGCUUGUUUUCAGCCUCAUCGCGUUGCACUUUAAGAUCAAGCCUAUCUGAGGUUCCGGAUAACCCCCUUUGGUCAGUCCUACCAUCCACGGCAGCGUUUCAGAACGACCGAGUGCUGCAGCCGGAAAGCAGCUACUUCAAACUCGUUCAUCCGUCCAAGCCCAACACAACAUGGAUGCAUCCGACCGGUUGGCCAGAAGA